GAGAGAGAAAGAGAGAGAAGUGCCGCUGCAGAUAAUUGAUUACACCCCGAUCAAGGCUAACUUGUUAGCAAUAGUCAAUUGCCCCGUCUCUCCGCCUCCCUCGCAGUCCGGGAUCGGCGCCCUCGCCUCGGCUCUUCCAACUGCGGCCGCCAGGACCCGGGGCCAGGAGCCACUGCCGAGCCACCUGACACCUUUAAAUAGCACCGGGGUUGGCGAAACUGGAGCCCCGCGCAGCGCGCCCCGGCUCCGGCCCCGGAUUGCUGGAAGCCCCAGCAGCAAAGGCGCCCGCGUCAGCGCCCUCCUCCCGGGGCCCGGCGCUGUUCUGCCCGCCUCAGCCGCCGCGCUAAUCUGUCCCGCGCCCGGCCCGCGCCCUGCCCAGUGCGGCCUCCUUUCCACCCGCCGCUGCCUGCCCGCGCCGUCCGGCGCCCUAGCCGCCCGCGGGCUGGGUCCCCGCGGCCCGAGCCGCCCCGGCCGGGCCCCCGAACGAGGCCGAGAUGACUUCCAAGGAGGACGGCAAGGCGGCGCCGGGGGAGGAGCGGCGGCGCAGUCCGCUGGACCACCUGCCUCCGCCUGCCAACUCCAACAAGCCACUGACGCCGUUCAGCAUCGAGGACAUCCUGAACAAGCCGUCUGUGCGGAGAAGUUACUCGCUGUGCGGGGCGGCGCACCUGCUGGCCGCCGCGGACAAGCACGCGCCGGGCGGCUUGCCCCUGGCGGGCCGCGCGCUGCUCUCGCAGACCUCGCCGCUGUGCGCGCUGGAGGAGCUCGCCAGCAAGACGUUUAAGGGGCUGGAAGUCAGCGUUCUGCAGGCAGCCGAAGGCCGCGACGGGAUGACCAUCUUUGGGCAGCGGCAGACCCCAAAGAAGCGGCGAAAGUCGCGCACGGCCUUCACCAACCACCAGAUCUAUGAAUUGGAAAAGCGCUUUCUAUACCAGAAGUACCUGUCCCCCGCCGAUCGCGACCAAAUCGCGCAGCAGCUGGGCCUCACCAACGCGCAAGUCAUCACCUGGUUCCAGAAUCGGCGCGCUAAGCUCAAGCGGGACCUGGAGGAGAUGAAGGCCGACGUAGAGUCCGCCAAGAAACUGGGCCCCAGCGGGCAGAUGGACAUCGUGGCGCUGGCCGAACUCGAGCAGAACUCGGAGGCCACAGCCGGCGGUGGCGGCGGCUGCGGCAGGGCCAAGUCGAGGCCCGGCUCUCCGGUCCUCCCGCCAGGCGCCCCGCAGGCCCCGGGCGCUGGCCCCCUGCAGCUCUCGCCUGCCUCUCCGCUCACGGACCAGCCGGCCAGCAGCCAGGACUGCUCGGAGGACGAGGAAGACGAAGAGAUCGACGUGGACGAUUGAGCGGCGCCCCGGGUCUUCCGCCGCCCUGGGCUCCUAGCGCUCGAAAGCCCAACACCUCCCGGACAGGACCGCCAAGGGGAGCUGGGACCUCCUCUGCCAACUCCCGCCUCCUCCCCUGUCCCCGGCCCCGGACUCGGCUCCUGGCAGCCUCCUCUUCCCUCUCGAAGCAAUAAACCCAGGCUGGCCGGCCGGGCCGGCCGCCGCCAGCGGCCUCCGCCGCCCCGGAAGCCCUCGCCGUGCAAUUCUGUAUGGCUUCUAUAUAAAUAUUUAAACCUAUAUAGCGGGUUCUUCCCACCGCAGCCUGAUUUUUCCUUUAUUUUAUUUUAUUUUUUAAAUCUCGGAGAUUUCGAUGUUUUCAAAGCUCUCGGGCUGCCGGGUUUGCUGAGGGCGAGGCAGAAACCAGGGCGGGGAACACUAACCCUGCAGUCUAGAGGAGGGGCAGCUCCGGCUGUUUUGAUUUUUCUCUGCAUGUGGCGAAUGCACCGGCCCGCUCCUUCCUCGCCUCCCUCGGCCUUACUGCAGUUGACUUCUAUUUCUUCCUGCCUUUUUUCGUCAUGUGGGAAGGGAAGAGGUGGGCAGCCGGAUCCUGACUUGCAAGUUUCAAAAUCGAUCUUUCCUCCCCACCCUCUGAGAGAAAAGUCUGUUUUCGAUGCCAUUUCUGCCUCCUAAUGCCCACUAAUGCUGUUUUUAAAAUUCCUCCCUCCCUCCCGCAUUUCCUCGGACUGACUGUUGGAGUCCGGCUCUUAGGGACAAUGCAGGAGGAAAUCCAACCAACCAACCAUCGAAAACAGAACCCAAAGCCCUAUAAUUAUUUUGUACUCUUUUUAGAAUUUUUUUGCAUGUGACAGAGACAGAGAGGAGGCCGACCCAAGCCCUCAUCUCACCUCCUCCACAGCCCUGGGUCUCUCUUGCCACCUCGAACACCCCACUCCCACCCGACUUGGCCAGAUGAGGGUGGCUGGAUACGGGUGGGCUGCGAGUGCCCCUUCCCUGCUCCUCCCUUCCCCUCUCCUCCUCAGACUGUACCCAAGGCCUCUUU